AUGCUUUCACUGACUGAGGCACGGGGUAGGCAGUCCUACAGGAGUAAGCAGCAGAAACCGAUAACACUGUGUCACAACUCUCUCACAUUGGCGGUUAAACUUUUCAAUGGCUGAAUAACAAGAGCAAACCCAGUCAAAAUUGCCCAAUGGAGCCUAAGCCUGGUCACCGGAGGAGAAGGAGUCUGUCUGAGGGGCUGAUGCUGGAGGAAUCAGAAAAGGGAGGAUUGGUCGUCUCCAGCAUUGUCGGUGGCUCUUCUGGCAAUCAGGGUCUCAAAGAAGGAGAUGAAAUUGUGGGUGCCACGAUCAACUUUGACCAACUUUCGAAAGACGAUGUGUUGAAAAUACUGAAGCUGAUGGAUGAUAAUGGAUUUGAUGAGAAGGUUCAGGUUCUGACGAAAAAUUAUUUGAGCAAGAGUAUGGGGACCUUGGACAGCAUCAAAGCACCAGAGGAGAUGCUGAAGGAUUCAUAUAAUAGACUCUACAAUGCCAAAAUAAAUAGGUUCAUGACGGGUGACAGUCCUGGACAACCUGCAGGUGCUGGGGAAAGAGGCUCCCAUAAUGGACAGGUGAAGGGCAAGGGACCGGGAUCUCUCUGGGACAAGCCUAAAGUGAAAGGUGACCUCAAACUCCCUGUCCUCACCACGGAUUACCCAGUUGUGGAGGCACCCAAAGUAGAUGCUCCUACCUACCUAGAGUCUCCAGACCUCAAAUUCUCUGCUCCAAAGUUAAAGGUGCCUAAACUUGAUGUCAAAGGCGAGGUACCUGAUGCUCGCGGUGGAGAACUUUCAUUGCCUAAUGCCAACAUUAGUACAUCAGAUCUCUCCCUGCCUCAUUUGAAUGGGUCACUAAACAUUGAUGCUCCAUCAGUUAACCUGGAAAGGCCAAAUCUUGAAACUGAUAUAGAUGCUAUGUCUUUGCCCGAAGUUGACCUCAAAUGCCCUGAUCUUGACCUGAAAGUUAUAGAUCCACUUCCCAAAGUUGUAGGGGAUAUCAAUGUCCCAGAAGCAGAGCUCAAUCUACCAGAGGAGGUUGUCCCUGGACCUACUUUAAAUAUCAAUGCCCCAAUGUUUGAUAUUGAAAGAGGCAAAAAAAUUAAAAUGCCCAAAUUUAAGAUACCUGACUUGGGUCUCUCUGGACCCAGAGUAAAUGUACCCAGCCUUGAGGUUGAUACACCAAAUAUGAGGAUCCCAGAUAAAGAUAUGCUUGGAGUUCAUUUUAAAGGUCCCCAAAGAGACCUACAAACACCAGAUGUUAAUCUCAAAAGUCCUAAUCUAGAUCUGCAAGCCCCAGAUGUCAGCAUAAUGAAUAUGCCAUCAAGUAAAAUCAGAGUCUGGUCCUCCAAGAAACUGAAAACCCCCAACCUUGAUGUGGAUCAUCCCUCUGGUUAUUUUGAAUUGCCUAAGGUUAAGCUCUCUCACACAGUACCAAAAGGACCAGAUUUAGACAUUGAUGCAGUUUUAAAGACACCAAACAUGCAUCUUAAAACCUCUUUGAUUGGUGCUCCUGACCUGAAUGACCCUGAUCUAGAUUUACCUUCAGUAGACCUUAAAGGUCCCAAAAUAGAUCUAGAGUUACCAGAUGCAAAUAUUGGUAUCCCAUCUGGGAAGAUCAAAAGACUAAGUCUUGGUAUGCCUGACUUUAAUAUAUCUGGACCAAGAGUUCGGACUCCAGACCUGGACCUCUCAGCGGCUGAGAUGUGUCCAUUAGACGUCCGUCUGCCUGACCUCAGUAUUCAAGAUAUUGACAUACCCUCAGGUAAAUUCAAACUACAGGAACCACAUGCAGAACUCAAAGCACCUGAUUUCAAUGUGGAUGCCUCCUCUGGUAAACUGAAGAUGCCCAAAUUUGGGUUAUCUGGCCUAAAAAGACCAGAUCUGGGCAUUGAUGCUGAUGUAAAAACACCAAAGGUAAGUCUCAAAGCUCCCAAGAUAAAAGGUGGGCUUGAUGCGCCUGACUUGAAUUUACCCACAGUCAACCUGAAAGCACCUAAAUUAGAAAUAAACACUCCAGAUAUUGACAUUGAUGCACCCUCAGAAAAAUUCAAAAUGCCAAAGUUUAAGAUGCCUAAAUUUGCCCUUUCGGGCCCUAAAGGGCCUGAGGUUGGCAUUGAUGGAGACUUGGAUGGACCAGAUCUGAGCUUAUUAUCUUCCAAACGACCAGACUUGGAUGUUGGUAGCCCAUCUGGAAAAUUAAAGAUGCCAAGUUUAAAGAUGCCAGACUUUGGCUUCACAGGGCCAGAUGUACGAGGGCCUGACUUUGAGGUAAAGAAUCCAGACUUGGAUCUUUCAGCCCCCAAGUUUAAAGGGGGAAUUAGUCCCCCAGAUUUGGAUCUGCCAGAUGGAGACCUCAAAGGCCCCAAAUUAGACCUCAAUAAACCAGAUGUAAACUUUAAUAUGCCCUCAAGUAAAGUCAAAGUACCUACAUUGAAGAAACCAGAGGUUGAUCUGUAUGCUCCUGAUCUGGACAUUAACGGCCCCUCUGGUAAACUGAAAAUGCCCACAUUUGGGCUGUCUGGUAAAAUGUCAAAAUCUCCCAAAUUAAAUCUUAAAGCUCCAAAGAUGAAGGGGGGAAUUGAUUUUCCAGAUCUGAAUUUACCAGAUUCUGACCUCAAAGCCCCUAAACUAGAUGUGAAUGCUCCAGAUUUCGACAUCAAUGCACCCUCAGGGAAAUUCAAGAUGCCUAAAUUUGGGCUGUCUGGUACAAUGCCAAAAUCUCCCAAAUUAAAUCUUAAAGCUCCAAAGAUGAAGGGGGGAAUUGAUUUUCCAGACCUGAAUUUACCAGAUGCUGACCUCAAAGCCCCUAAACUAGAUGUGAAUGCUCCAGAUUUCGACAUCAAUGCACCCUCAGGGAAAUUCAAGAUGCCUAAAUUUGGGCUGUCUGGUACAAUGCCAAAAUCUCCCAAAUUAAAUCUUAAAGCUCCAAAGAUGAAGGGGGGAAUUGAUUUUCCAGACCUGAAUUUACCAGAUGCUGACCUCAAAGCCCCUAAACUAGAUGUGAAUGCUCCAGAUUUCGACAUCAAUGCACCCUCAGGGAAAUUCAAGAUGCCUAAAUUUGGGCUGUCUGGUACAAUGCCAAAAUCUCCCAAAUUAAAUCUUAAAGCUCCAAAAAUGAAGGGGGGAAUUGAUUUUCCAGACCUGAAUUUACCAGAUGCUGACCUCAAAGCCCCUAAACUAGAUGUGAAUGCUCCAGAUUUCGACAUCAAUGCACCCUCAGGGAAAUUCAAGAUGCCUAAAUUUGGGCUGUCUGGUACAAUGCCAAAAUCUCCCAAAUUAAAUCUUAAAGCUCCAAAGAUGAAGGGGGGAAUUGAUUUUCCAGACCUGAAUUUACCAGAUGCUGACCUCAAAGCCCCUAAACUAGAUGUGAAUGCUCCAGAUUUCGACAUCAAUGCACCCUCAGGGAAAUUCAAGAUGCCUAAAUUUGGGCUGUCUGGUACAAUGCCAAAAUCUCCCAAAUUAAAUCUUAAAGCUCCAAAGAUGAAGGGGGGAAUUGAUUUUCCAGACCUGAAUUUACCAGAUGCUGACCUCAAAGCCCCUAAACUAGAUGUGAAUGCUCCAGAUUUCGACAUCAAUGCACCCUCAGGGAAAUUCAAGAUGCCUAAAUUUGGGCUGUCUGGUACAAUGCCAAAAUCUCCCAACUUAAAUCUUAAAGCUCCAAAGAUGAAGGGGGGAAUUGAUUUUCCAGACCUGAAUUUACCAGAUGCUGACCUCAAAGCCCCUAAACUAGAUGUGAAUGCUCCAGAUUUCGACAUCAAUGCACCCUCAGGGAAAUUCAAGAUGCCUAAAUUUGGGCUGUCUGGUACAAUGCCAAAAUCUCCCAAAUUAAAUCUUAAAGCUCCAAAGAUGAAGGGGGGAAUUGAUUUUCCAGACCUGAAUUUACCAGAUGCUGACCUCAAAGCCCCUAAACUAGAUGUGAAUGCUCCAGAUUUCGACAUCAAUGCACCCUCAGGGAAAUUCAAGAUGCCUAAAUUUGGGCUGUCUGGUACAAUGCCAAAAUCUCCCAAAUUAAAUCUUAAAGCUCCAAAGAUGAAGGGGGGAAUUGAUUUUCCAGACCUGAAUUUACCAGAUGCUGACCUCAAAGUCCCUAAACUAGAUGUGAAUGCUCCAGAUUUCGACAUCAAUGCACCCUCAGGGAAAUUCAAGAUGCCUAAAUUUGGGCUGUCUGGUACAAUGCCAAAAUCUCCCAAAUUAAAUCUUAAAGCUCCAAAAAUGAAGGGGGGAAUUGAUUUUCCAGACCUGAAUUUACCAGAUGCUGACCUCAAAGCCCCUAAACUAGAUGUGAAUGCUCCAGAUUUCGACAUCAAUGCACCCUCAGGGAAAUUCAAGAUGCCUAAAUUUGGGCUGUCUGGUACAAUGCCAAAAUCUCCCAAAUUAAAUCUUAAAGCUCCAAAGAUGAAGGGGGGAAUUGAUUUUCCAGACCUGAAUUUACCAGAUGCUGACCUCAAAGCCCCUAAACUAGAUGUGAAUGCUCCAGAUUUCGACAUCAAUGCACCCUCAGGGAAAUUCAAGAUGCCUAAAUUUGGGCUGUCUGGUACAAUGCCAAAAUCUCCCAAAUUAAAUCUUAAAGCUCCAAAGAUGAAGGGGGGAAUUGAUUUUCCAGACCUGAAUUUACCAGAUGCUGACCUCAAAGCCCCUAAACUAGAUGUGAAUGCUCCAGAUUUCGACAUCAAUGCACCCUCAGAGAAAUUCAAGAUGCCUAAAUUUGGGCUGUCUGGUACAAUGCCAAAAUCUCCCAAAUUAAAUCUUAAAGCUCCAAAAAUGAAGGGGGGAAUUGAUUUUCCAGACCUGAAUUUACCAGAUGCUGACCUCAAAGCCCCUAAACUAGAUGUGAAUGCUCCAGAUUUCGACAUCAAUGCACCCUCAGGGAAAUUCAAGAUGCCUAAAUUUGGGCUGUCUGGUACAAUGCCAAAAUCUCCCAAAUUAAAUCUUAAAGCUCCAAAGAUGAAGGGGGGAAUUGAUUUUCCAGACCUGAAUUUACCAGAUGCUGACCUCAAAGCCCCUAAACUAGAUGUGAAUGCUCCAGAUUUCGACAUCAAUGCACCCUCAGGGAAAUUCAAGAUGCCUAAAUUUGGGCUGUCUGGUACAAUGCCAAAAUCUCCCAAAUUAAAUCUUAAAGCUCCAAAGAUGAAGGGGGGAAUUGAUUUUCCAGACCUGAAUUUACCAGAUGCUGACCUCAAAGCCCCUAAACUAGAUGUGAAUGCUCCAGAUUUCGACAUCAAUGCACCCUCAGGGAAAUUCAAGAUGCCUAAAUUUGGGCUGUCUGGUACAAUGCCAAAAUCUCCCAACUUAAAUCUUAAAGCUCCAAAGAUGAAGGGGGGAAUUGAUUUUCCAGACCUGAAUUUACCAGAUGCUGACCUCAAAGCCCCUAAACUAGAUGUGAAUGCUCCAGAUUUCGACAUCAAUGCACCCUCAGGGAAAUUCAAGAUGCCUAAAUUUGGGCUGUCUGGUACAAUGCCAAAAUCUCCCAAAUUAAAUCUUAAAGCUCCAAAGAUGAAGGGGGGAAUUGAUUUUCCAGACCUGAAUUUACCAGAUGCUGACCUCAAAGCCCCUAAACUAGAUGUGAAUGCUCCAGAUUUCGACAUCAAUGCACCCUCAGGGAAAUUCAAGAUGCCUAAAUUUGGGCUGUCUGGUACAAUGCCAAAAUCUCCCAAAUUAAAUCUUAAAGCUCCAAAGAUGAAGGGGGGAAUUGAUUUUCCAGACCUGAAUUUACCAGAUGCUGACCUCAAAGCCCCUAAACUAGAUGUGAAUGCUCCAGAUUUCGACAUCAAUGCACCCUCAGGGAAAUUCAAGAUGCCUAAAUUUGGGCUGUCUGGUACAAUGCCAAAAUCUCCCAAAUUAAAUCUUAAAGCUCCAAAGAUGAAGGGGGGAAUUGAUUUUCCAGACCUGAAUUUACCAGAUGCUGACCUCAAAGCCCCUAAACUAGAUGUGAAUGCUCCAGAUUUCGACAUCAAUGCACCCUCAGGGAAAUUCAAGAUGCCUAAAUUUGGGCUGUCUGGUACAAUGCCAAAAUCUCCCAAAUUAAAUCUUAAAGCUCCAAAGAUGAAGGGGGGAAUUGAUUUUCCAGACCUGAAUUUACCAGAUGCUGACCUCAAAGCCCCUAAACUAGAUGUGAAUGCUCCAGAUUUCGACAUCAAUGCACCCUCAGGGAAAUUCAAGAUGCCUAAAUUUGGGCUGUCUGGUACAAUGCCAAAAUCUCCCAAAUUAAAUCUUAAAGCUCCAAAGAUGAAGGGGGGAAUUGAUUUUCCAGACCUGAAUUUACCAGAUGCUGACCUCAAAGCCCCUAAACUAGAUGUGAAUGCUCCAGAUUUCGACAUCAAUGCACCCUCAGGGAAAUUCAAGAUGCCUAAAUUUGGGCUGUCUGGUACAAUGCCAAAAUCUCCCAAAUUAAAUCUUAAAGCUCCAAAGAUGAAGGGGGGAAUUGAUUUUCCAGACCUGAAUUUACCAGAUGCUGACCUCAAAGCCCCUAAACUAGAUGUGAAUGCCCCAGAUCUCGACAUCAAUGCACCCUCAGGGAAAUUCAAGGUGCCUAAAUUCAGAGGCCUAAAGGGACCAAAUGUUGACAUUAAUGGCGCUAUAGAGGGACCAGAUCUGAACUUGUCAUCUCCCAAACUUAAGGGUCCCAAGGCAGACCUAAACCUUCCAGACACUGAUAUUGACAGGCCAUCAGGAAAACUCAAAAUGCCAACUUUCAAGAUGCCAGAUUUAGGAUUCUCUGGAUCAAAAAUUAAGGGGCCUGACUUAAAUCUUUCAGCCCCCAAGUUUAAAGGGGGAAUAAGUCCCCCAGAUUUGGAUCUGCCACAUGUAGACCUCAAAGGCCCCAAACUAGACCUCAAUGCACCAGAUGUAAACUUUAAUGUGCCCUCAGGUAAAGUCAAUGUACCUACAUUGAAGAAACCAAAGGUUGAUCUGAAUGCUCCUGAUCUGGACAUUAACGGCCCCUCUGGUAAACUGAAAAUGCCCAAAGUUGGGCUGUCUGGUAAAAUGCCAAAAUCCACAAAACUGAAUCUCAAAUCCCCAAAGAUAAAGGGGGGAAUUGAUUCCCCAGACAUGCAUUUACCAGAUGCUGACCUCAAAGCCCCUAAACUAGAUGUGAAUCCCCCAGAACUUGACAUAAAUGCAUCUCCUGGGAAAUUUAAAAUGCCCAAAUUCAGGGGCCUAAAGAGACCAGAUGUUGACAUUGAUGGAGACUUAGAGGGCCCAGAUAUUAAUAUCAAUACCCCCACAGCUAACCUCAAAGGUCACAAAACAGGUCUAAAAAUGCCAGAUUUGAAGAUGCCUGAUUUUGGACUAUCUGGCCCAAAUGUAGUGUAUGAUUUACCCAAUAUUGACCUCUCAGCACCAAAGCUAAAAGGGAGAAUCAGUCCCCCAGAUUUGAGACUACCUAAGGGUCAUAUCAGAGGGCCCAAACUAGACCUCAAUGCUCCAGAUAUGCCCUCAGGUAGAUUCAGAGUUCCAACCAUAGAGAGGCCAAAUGAUAGCAUCAAAACCCCUGAUUUGGACAUCAACACUCCUUCAUUCAAAAUGCCCAAAAUGCCUAAAUUUGUGUUGUCUAGUCCAAAAAGACCAGAUCAUGACAUCAGUGCUGACAUAGGUUUUAAAUUGUCAAAGAUGAAAGGUGGGAUUGGUUCACGACACCUGGACCUACCUACAGUUGACCUAGACGCCCCUAAGAUAGAUGUAGACACUCCAGAUAUGAACAUUGAUUCACCCUCUUGGAAAUUCAAAAUGCCCCACCUCAAAAUGCCUAAAUUUGGCCUUUCUGGCUUGAAAGGUCCAGAUCCUGGAAUAGAUGGAUACAUUGAUGGACCGGACCUGAGUUUGUCAGCCCCGAAUGUAAACACAGGGAUCGGUAGUCCAGAUUUAGACAUAAAUGUUCCCUCUGGUAAUCUCAAAGGCCCCCAAGCUGAUCUCAAUUUGCCAGACAGUGACAUAGCUAUACAAUCUGAAAAAUUCAAACUGCCAUCCUUUAAAUUGCCUCAGUUUGGAAGUCCCAAUCUAAGGGCAGGUACACAUAUGGACUUUAUGAAAACAAAUUACAUUUCUCCUCCAAAGGUUAAAGUGAAUCUAAAAGCACCAGACUUGAAAGUUAGUCACCCAGAUGUCAGCCUGAGCUUACCCAAAGCUGAUACCAGAAGCCCAGAAUACAAAGUGGCAUCUCAUAGUAAACGCAGAUCUGAUAUCCCAGGUGGAGCACAUAUAAAAGUGCAAGCAGAAGACAUAGAUACAGAAGUGACACUGCCACACACUGAUAGGAAGUCUAGAAAGGUCAAAGGAAGGGCCAGUUAUCCCAUUGCAGAUAUUGAUUUGCCAAAAGUUGAGUAUGAAGCUUCUGGUUUGGAACUGAGAGGUUCAGACCUUCAUGAUCCCACAGGGAAAUUAAAAAUGCCCAAAUCCAAGACUUCUAAAUUGGGUAGUCAUACAAGAAUACUAGACCUUGAUAUAGACUCAAGUCCUGCCAGUAUUAACCCCUCAGUUCCUAAACUCCCACCCCCAAGGUAUGGAGUAGAGGUUUCACAGCCAGAUUUAAAUUUGAGUAGAACUGACCCCAAGGGCAAUAAACAUCAUAGGAAAGCCCCAGCUGGUGAAACCGGCAGAACAAAAAGGAGAAGUCCAAAACAGUCUGAAAUUGGAACUUCCAUGCCAAAUUGUACUCAUGGUUCAAACCCCAAAAUGUCUGAAGAUCAAGAAGGAUAUUUUGUCACUGUAUUUCCCAAACAUCUCAAAGGGGAUGUACCAGACGGAACUGGGAGCCUGAAAAAUCAUCACAAGGAAGAGUCAAACCAUAGAUCUCAUACACUCAGAAGUCUCGACUUCAGUGCAUCAAAUGUGGACCUUGAAGUUCCAGAAGAUGAGAACUUAAAAGGGUCAACAUUCUGGCUUUCAAAGCUUAUAUAGCAUUCAGACAACUGACUAAAUGUCCUUUUAGGUUGGUUUGAAUCACAAUCUUCUGUUGAAACAUAAUGCAGGAAAUGUCUGUUACAUAUAAAACAAGCAUCAGAUUAUUUGCACUUAUUUGUACUUUUUUAAAUGUAAAUUAAUUGGUAUUUGUUAUGAAAAUGUUGAAAAUGAAUGUGUAAAGCUUUCUUUUGUCAAGUGAUUAAAAAAAUGUAUGAAAGGUUUGUUAUGUUCUGCUGAUAAGCUAUUUGGUAGUAGUUUUACUCUACACUUGCUACAUUGUAAUAAAAUUACAUUUAGUAA